AAAUAGUGGAAAAUGUUCAUUGGUGUGGAAAGGAUGCUUCAUCCCCACAGAAUGCCAGUAGCUAUAGUCAAACAUUCUCUAGGGAACCCAGUCAGAUUCAGGUACUACAAACCCUACUUCUUGACCUUCCUCAUGCAACUGUACCAUCAAACCCCUUUUUUGUAGAGAGUGAAAAGGUGAGAGAUGAGCAAUUCAAGUAGCUUGGUUGCAGAGGCAGUGUGGAAGGCGAUUGAGUCAACUCGUUCAGUCACCGACGAUCAGCUCUCCGUUUUCAGCCUGCAUUUCUUGUUUGGGAAGAACUUGGAGAGAGCAACAAGGAUAGUGGAUCAGAGAGGUGUGAAGAGGGUUUUGGGUGAGCCCGGUGGUCGUUCCAUCUUUCAGGUCGUCGGAGAAUCGCAGAGGAAGGAGGAGUACUUGUGUUUUGCUGAGCAGUAUUGUGCUUGUUAUUCAUUCUUCUAUGACAUUGUGAACAGAGGAGAGCAGCUUUGUUGUAAGCAUCAGUUAGCUGCAAGACUUGCUGCAUCAUUGGGAGCAUGCAUUGAAGUUAAGGUCUCUGAUGAGCAGCUGGCUUUACUGCUUUCCAAACUCUGACAUAAUUGGACAUCCAAAGUUUUGAAGAAUACCUACUGCAAGAACAGGUCACAAUUGAACUUGUUUUGCAUGGCUACUUGUUUAACAUCACGAGUAUGUAUAUCUUCUCGUGUAGCCAAUCCGUCAUGUUGUAGCACGUGUAUCUAAUUAUUGAUUUUGUACCUUCAAUCUAUGAAAUAUUAACCAUUUCGUCUACCUAUAUUAUCAAAAUAUUUUCCCUUUUCA